AUGCCGAGGAGCCGGGGCGGCCGCGCCGCGCCGGGGCCGCCGCCGGGCCGGGCCUGGCGCUGGAGCAGCUGGGGGGCCCCCGGGCGGCUGCUCCUGCUCCUGCCCGCGCUCUGCUGCCUCCCGGGCGCCGCGCGGGCGGCGGCGGCGGCGGCAGCGGCUGCGGCGGGGGCCGGGGACCCGGCGGCGGCGGCGCUGGCGGCCGAGGCGGAGGCGCCCUUCGCCGGGCAGAACUGGUUAAAGUCAUAUGGCUAUCUGCUUCCCUAUGAUUCAUGGGCCUCUGCGUUGCACUCAGGGAAGGCCUUACAGUCAGCAGUCUCCACUAUGCAGCAGUUUUACGGGAUCCCAGUCACCGGUGUAUUGGAUCAGACAACAAUCGAGUGGAUGAAGAAACCCCGAUGUGGUGUCCCUGAUCACCCCCACUUAAGCCGUAGACGGAGAAACAAGCGCUAUGCCCUAACUGGACAGAAGUGGAGGCAAAAACACAUCACCUACAGCAUUCACAACUACACACCGAAGGUGGGUGAGCUAGACACACGGAAAGCUAUUCGCCAGGCUUUUGACGUGUGGCAGAAGGUGACUCCGCUGACUUUCGAAGAGGUGCCAUACCAUGAGAUAAAAAGUGACCGGAAGGAAGCAGACAUCAUGAUCUUCUUUGCUUCUGGUUUCCACGGUGACAGUUCCCCAUUUGAUGGGGAAGGGGGAUUCCUGGCCCAUGCCUACUUCCCUGGUCCGGGCAUUGGAGGAGACACUCAUUUUGACUCAGACGAGCCAUGGACGCUAGGAAAUGCCAACCAUGAUGGGAAUGACCUCUUCCUGGUGGCUGUGCAUGAGCUGGGCCAUGCACUGGGACUGGAGCACUCCAACGACCCAAGUGCCAUCAUGGCACCCUUCUACCAGUACAUGGAGACACACAACUUCAAACUGCCUCAGGAUGACCUCCAGGGCAUCCAGAAGAUCUACGGACCCCCAGCUGAGCCUCUGGAACCCACAAGGCCCCUCCCCACACUCCCUGUCCGCAGGAUCCAUUCACCAAGUGAGAGGAAGCAUGAGCGCCAGCCCAGGCCCCCACGGCCACCCCUGGGGGACAGGCCAUCCACACCUGGUGCCAAACCCAACAUCUGUGAUGGCAACUUCAACACAGUGGCCCUCUUCCGAGGCGAGAUGUUUGUGUUUAAGGAUCGCUGGUUCUGGCGCCUGCGCAAUAACCGGGUGCAGGAGGGCUACCCCAUGCAGAUUGAGCAGUUCUGGAAAGGCCUGCCUGCCCGCAUAGACGCAGCCUAUGAAAGGGCUGAUGGGAGAUUUGUCUUCUUCAAAGGUGACAAGUACUGGGUGUUUAAGGAGGUGACAGUGGAGCCUGGGUACCCCCACAGCCUGGGGGAGCUAGGCAGCUGCCUGCCCCGAGAAGGCAUUGACACGGCUCUGCGCUGGGAACCUGUGGGCAAGACCUACUUUUUCAAAGGCGAGAGGUACUGGCGCUACAGUGAGGAGCGGCGGGCCACAGACCCUGGCUACCCCAAGCCCAUCACCGUGUGGAAGGGCAUCCCACAGGCUCCCCAAGGGGCCUUCAUCAGCAAAGAAGGAUAUUACACCUACUUCUACAAGGGCCGGGACUACUGGAAGUUUGACAACCAGAAACUGAGCGUGGAGCCAGGUUACCCACGCAAUAUCCUACGUGACUGGAUGGGCUGCAACCAGAAGGAGGUGGAGCGGCGCAAGGAGCGGCGGCUGCCUCAGGAUGACGUGGACAUCAUGGUGACCAUCAACGACAUGCCAGGCUCUGUAAAUGCUGUGGCUGUGGUCAUCCCCUGCAUCCUAUCCCUCUGCAUCCUGGUGCUGGUCUACACCAUCUUCCAGUUCAAGAACAAGGCAGGCCCUCAACCAGUCACCUACUAUAAGCGGCCAGUCCAGGAGUGGGUGUGAG